AUUGACUUGCUUAAAUCGGCGCAUCGAAAGUGCCCACAUUGUUCUGCGUCUCAACCCCGUCCAGCCAACCUCGUCCUGCACAUUUCACCUCAUUAACGACGUCGCCCGUCAUCCCUCUCUAACCUACUCAAGUCUUACUCCAACGGUUACUUCCCGUGUGUACUAUGCCUUCAGCUUUCAAUCUUGCAACCUGCACUGCUAUGUUUUCUUCUGUUCUCAUGUCGUUGUCGCUGUCGUUGCCUUUGCUGUCUGGCCCACCUCCCUAUAAUCACGCUCAGCCGUCGUCACAUCACGAUCACUCGCUACGCAAAAAUAGGUGUCGUCAGGACAUACUGAUCCCUGUGACACCUUCUGUCUUGAUCCACAUCCCAAACCCUAUCUCCUAUACUCCGCGUGGUACACACCGCAGGAAGCGGAGGACACAGAGUUUUCCUAUGGUGGAGAUUGCACAUCAGAAGGCAGCGGGACAACCGACAGUGAGUCAAUAGCUUGAUACUGAACAUUCUUGCACUAUUUUGCGAUGAGAGUUCCUGCAACUAACGCAGCUGUGUUAUUCCCAGUCCAAGACAUAGUAUACACGAAUGGCAUGGGGCAUUAGUAACAAAAAAAAUUCUGAUCGAGGUCGAGGCGGUUUGACGCCGAUUCAUUCAUCUGACUGAAUGAAUAACUCAUCUUAGUAUUGGACCCUAUUGCCCUUUUUGACUAGUGCGACAUCAUUGAUGUACAAUUCAAUAGCCAAUGUAUUUCUUCAUCUUCAGAUACUAUGUCGCUGAAAUGUCUUCAUAUUGUUUCAGAACA